AAUAAACAUCAUGUCCCUCACCAUGUCCUUCCUCCAGAAACGCGCCUGUGCCCGUCUGGCCCGCACCGCCGUCCGUCCCGUCUGCUGGCGCUCCCUCGCCACCGCCACCACCACCACCACCACCAACACGCGCCCCAUCAACGACCAUGUCCGCAUCGUCGAGGUCGGGCCGCGCGACGGCCUGCAGAACGAGAAGCAGACGAUACCGCUAGACACGAAGAUCGAGCUGGUCGAGCGCCUAGCACGCACGGGGCUGCAGACCAUCGAAGCCGGCAGCUUCGUCAGCCCCAAAUGGACGCCGCAGAUGGCCAAUUCCUCGGAAAUCCUCAACCACGUCCUCAACCACCCGCCACCGUCUGCCCUCCCCGUCACCUACCAGUUCCUGCUGCCGAAUGAAAAGGGCCUCGACAAUUUCCUCGACGUCUACAGCGCCCACGCCCUGCACGAGGUCAAGUCGUCGUCGUCCUCCUCCCAAGCCCCCAACACCGAGCCCUCAGGCCCCACGGGCUCCAGCACCUCCCCCCCAACCAUCGAGCUCUCGAUCUUCACCGCCGCGACCGAGACCUUCACGCAAAAAAACACAAACUGCAGCAUCGCGGAAUCGCUGCAACGAUUCACGCCGCUAAUCGCGCGCGCACGCUCACACAACCUCCGCGUACGAGCCUACAUCUCCGUCGCGCUAGGCUGCCCCUACGAAGGGCCCGACGUGGACCCGCACGCCGUCGCCGCCCUCGCCGUGAACCUGCUCGAAAUGGGCGCCGACACCAUCUCCAUCGCGGACACGACAGGGAUGGGCACGGCACCGCGCACGCGCGAACUGCUCAAGACGCUCGCCGCCGCCGGCGUCGACAUGGGCGACCUCGCGCUGCACUUCCACGACACGUACGGCCAGGCGCUCGUGAAUGCCGUCGUGGGGCUCGAGGCCGGCGUGCGCGAGUUCGACGCCGCGGUUGCGGGGCUGGGCGGGUGUCCGUUUAGCCCGGGCGCGACGGGGAACGUGGCGACUGAGGACGUGGUGAGGCUUUUUGAGAGCUUGGGCCUGCGCACGGGUGUCGAUAUGGAGGAGUUGGCUAGCGCGGGGGAGUGGGUGAGCAGGGAGCUGGGGCGCGCGAAUGAGAGUAGGGCUGGGAAGGCGACGUUGGCGCGGCUGAGGCGGGAGCGGGGGAAGAAGUUUGGCGAGACGAGGGGCGAGGCUGCGUGAGACGAGGGACGAGGCUGCAUAGGCGCGGCUUUUACCUAGCUAGGCGUUUAGCUUAUCGGCGUGUUUGUUUGCUCUUUGGCAGGAUAUAAGAAGUGCUUCAGUCAAUCACUCACUCACUGCGUACGGCCGAGCGAAAAAUACCACCAUACCACACAGCCCAUAUCUAAGCUUAAACUCCUACAUCCC